AUGUCUCAACUCUCAAGAAAUGACUUGAUAUUUCAAAAAGAGCUUCCUGAGAGCUUGGACAACAUAGAGUGUCCUAUAUGCCUCCAGGUUAUAAUAGAGGAACCGUGUCAAGCAUCUUGCUGUGGACAACACUUUUGUGAGACAUGCAUUGCAAGGGUUACUACCUCUUGCCCCUACUGCAGAGCCAGUGGCCAUAACUUUGCUGUCUUUAAAGACAGAAACUUUGCACGGUUCCUAGGCAGUCAGAUAGUAUAUUGCACCAAUAAAGAAAGGACAGGCUGUGAAUGGGUUGGAGAGUUACGCCAGAUUAGGACUCAUCUAUCAGAAAAUUGUGGGAGAGUGAGAUGCCCACACCCUGGUUGUCCUGAAGAAUACAUACAAGCAUACAAAUUAAAGAGACACCAAGAGAAAGAAUGUCCUGCAAGGCCAUACAAGUGUAAGCACUGUGGAUUAAAAGACACCUAUAUCUACAUACGACAAACGCAUUACCCAGAGUGUCCUUUGUUCCCUGUAGAGUGUCCAUAUAAAUGCACCACUGUGGCAAAGAUCCCACGCUGUGAUGUACAAGACCAUCUACUAGUAUGCCCGCUUAGUCCUGUAGAGUGUAAGUACAGUGCAUUAGGUUGCCUAAUGAUGCCGUUGAGAAUGAAUAGUGAGGAGCACCACUUAGAACCACAUACAGAAGUACUGGUUGAAACUUGUAGCAGACUUUUAUGCAGGAUAGAGCAAGAAAAGGAGCAAUCGAAAGCAGAGCAAAGCAAUCUCCAGAGACAGAUUAAUUAUUUAAAUACAGAGCUGAAUAAAAUGCGAGCUGAUUUACGAAGUCAGCAUGACUUAUUGCAUGGGAAGGUGUACUACGACAUUGAUGAUAAGCUAAGUCAGCUGAUAGUUAAACACGAGAAAUUGAGAAGUGACCAUGAUCAGGAGUUCAUAAUUUAUAUUGCAAUGAUUUAA